UUAGGGAAACAUAUUUUUGUACUUUGGGAGAACUAACCCUUUAAGUCGACACUACAUAUAUGGAAUUCCUCGCUCGACUCAUGAGGAUGUUGACACACUGCCAGGGCAGAGGUAGGCCAGGUAAUGGGGACACACCUUCCCCUCUCACUACACUACAUGUUACAGCAAGCACGACAAAUCAAUGACAGGGAGAGAGGAAAGAGAGAGUGGGUGGGGGGAAAACGUGGUGAGAAGAAAAGGUGAAAAGGAAGAAAAUAUAACAUUUACAACAGAUUCAGACCUCUUUUCCAGCCCUUGGGGUCUUCUUUCGUCUACUGGGAUUUACAGUCGAUGACUUGGUCAACAAAAAUGGCCAAUAGUUCCACACCCACCAAUUCAGAAAAUGAGACCAUUGUGGAUAACCCAAUUGGAACCACUGCGGGCGCCCUCAUCCUGAGCCUUGUCUUUCUCUUGGGCUUCCCUGGAAACCUUUUCAUCAUCUGGAGCAUCCUAGCACGUGCCCGAAAGCAAUCAGUCACCACCCUCCUCAUCCUCAACCUAGCUAUCGCCGACGGCUCUCUGAUGGCUCUCACCCCGUUCUUCAUCGUCUACCUGAUUUUGAAGAAUUGGGUGUUUGAGAAUGUGAUGUGUAAGGUCCUCUUCUACCUUUGUCUGGUCAACAUGUACGCCUCCAUCCAGCUCAUCAUGCUCAUGAGCGUCUACAGGCUGGUGGCAGUGCUGUGGCCGCAGCGCCUCGGUUUUAUCACUGGCCGGAAGACUGUAUUGCGGGUGCUGGCGGUGGUGUGGGUGCUGGUGAUGGUUGCCUCUGUUCCUGCAAUGAUCUUCAGAGAAGUGAAACUGAAGGAGAAUAUCUCAGUGUGCGACUCAUUCCAUAAAGAAAACAGCCAUGUGGUCCUCCAGUACACACUGGAGCUCGUGUUGGGGUUUUUAAUUCCCUACAGUGUCAUUGUAGUCAGCUACAUCCGCAUCUUACGGCGGCUCCGAAACACCAAGUUUGGCCGUCGCAUUCGUAGCGAGAAGCUCAUCUUGGCCAUCGUGUUGACCUUCUGCCUCUUUUGGUUGCCCUACCACAUCAUCAACAUGGUGCAAGUUACAUGGGCUUUGUGUCCAGAUGGUGCAGCAAGAACAAUGUUGGGUAAAAUAUGGCACAGGAGCCGUGCUGUCACCUCCUCCAUAGCCUUCAUCAGCAGCUGUGCCAACCCAGUGCUCUACUUCUUUGCAGGAAAGUCCUACAUCCGGCGAGAAGGGCUGGAGUUCAUGGCACGUUUGUUUGAGCGCACAGGGCUGGACUCGGCCUCCAGAAAGAGCCGACAGAACAGCCAGAACAGCCGUGACAAAGACAAAGAUGUAGAAACAGUCAUGCUAAAGGACAAAGAUCCAGACUCUGUUACCAACUCGAGCUCUAAUGUCAAACCAGUGAAGAAUGGUAAGUAGAGGCCUCAAGAGGCAACAGGCUUGAAGCUGGUGUUGUUCCUCUGCAGGGGAAAAUUAAACCACUCAGGUCUUCAAAUCUCCGUCCAGCAACAAAAACUUCCAAAGUUUGGAACAAAAAUUAAGGGUUCCUUGUUCCUGCCAAUCAAGAAAAGAUAGCAGUUCAAAUUCAGCUGCUGCAACGUGAAUCUUCCAAAUGAGACUGUUACAAACUUUGAAAAGGAUGAAACUAGGCCUUCUGAUCCUGGAACAGCUUGCAUCCUAAUGCAUCCUACAGUGACAUUGUUGCAUCUGAGAUGGUGCUUAAACCACAUAGCACAUUAGAGCUGUAUAUUUGAUGAGAUAUGAGCCUUCCUCUGCUCUGAACUAUUUCAUAAGGAAAAACUGUGGAGUGUUAUCCAGGACAUAUUAUACACCACUCCAAAAACCCUGUUGAAUUCAACAUCCAGCCCUCAAAGAGAGGUGGUAUGUAACGGCUGUUUUGUCAAUAUGAAACUUUUUUUGCAAGAUUUAUCUGUGCCAUUUUGUGUAUGCAGUGUUUUAUUUGUAAAAAUGCCUGAUUGAAGCACCAGAAUGUAAAAUGAAUUUAAACAGUGAAUAUUAAAAAAAUUGAAAUACGGAAAAAUACAAAAUGAUGUAAAGCACCUUUUCCAGAAAACAUGACGCAUCACAACUUUUUAAUGCAAUUUGAUACGUCCCGUCUCUCCUCAGUAACAUGAUACAAAAGGGUUAUGUGGAAAGAGGAAUAUGCUGUAAAUCUGCCAAAAUGUCUGGUGCAAGAAAGAACACAAUGCACAAGAUAGACGUAUGAUUUAAUGCUCAUGUAUCAACAAGAUCCUGAAAGUUUACCGUAAUAUUCCCUCUCUAACUUAUUCACCCUCAUGACAGUCUGUUGUGCUGUUCAUUCCUGCUGAUGCCAUCUGUUUCACAAUAUUUUAUGGCUCUCCAUGUUAUCUGCUCUUUUCUCUUCCAUAAUGAGGUACUAAAUUUAUGUGUCAAUUAGCUGUAUUGCUGCCGUAGGUCUGUGAUUUUUUUUCAUUUGUCAAAACGUUUCACAUUAUUAAACAGCAUUAGCUUCA